GUUCGGACCGACGCAAAACCUCAUCAAAGCCACGCGGCACCUUCAAUCAGAAGAUGGAUUUCAGUGGAAAAAUCGUUCUCAUCACCGGGGCCAGCUCGGGCAUCGGGGCCGGCACGGCCAAAUAUCUGACCAACCUGGGCGCAACCUGCGUCCUGGCGGCUCGCAACGGAGAAAAGCUGGCCAGCGUUCGGGCGGAAUGUGCUGCGCUCGGCAAAGCCGAACCCCUGACCGUGGUGGCCGAUGUAACGCGAGCGGCCGACAACGAGCGCCUGCUGCGGACUGUCCUGGAAAGGUACGGCCGGCUCGAUGUGCUGGUGAACAACGCCGGCAAGGGGGCCGUCGGGGGCAUCGAGGACGCCGAUCUGGAGCAGUUUGACGAUAUCCUCAACACCAACCUGCGGUCCGUGUUCGCGCUCACCAAGCUGGCCGUUCCGCAUCUCAUCACCAGCCGGGGCAACAUCGUGAACGUAUCGAGCGUGGCCGGCACCAACUCGUUCGCCAACCUGCUGUCGUAUUGCGUUUCGAAAUCGGCCCUGGAUCAGUUUACGCGCUGCACCGCACUCGAUCUCGCCCCGAAAGGUGUCCGGGUGAACUCGGUCAAUCCCGCGGUCAUCGUGACGGAGUUCCACAAAACGCUCGGCCUGGAAGAGGCGGCCUACGCCAAGUACCUGCAGCAGAGCGCGUUGGUGCAUCCGCUGGGCCGGGUUGGCAACGUGGAAGAGGUGGCCGCAUCGAUCGCAUUCCUGGCGUGCGAUAAGACGGCCAGCUUCACCACCGGCACCUGUCUGUGUGUGGACGGGGGCAAGCAUAUCCUUACGCCACGCUGAACACACGGUGCCACGGGGGCCAGUCGCUUAUCGGGGAGCGUGAUUUAUGCAAAGCGGCUGAUAAAUACUUUGCAUAGCGACUUGGCUAACGACUCAAUAAAACCUUCUCGCUCGCCGCCUCGGUUGUGGCCGGUUGUGUUUUGUCGCUCAAAUCGAACGCAUCUUGGCGGCGACCGACA